ACGACGGUAAGGGCAAGAGGGAGGAGGUUCAGCAAGUUUUCACGCGAAUCAGAGUCGCAUUUAACACCUUUGUCUGCCGUCAACUGUCUCGGGAAUCAUGGAUGGUGUGAACGGCCAAAGCCCGGUCAAGGCUGAGCAGAUCAACCUCUACACCGUCAACAAUCGAGACCUACCUCCUGCCAAUCCAUCGCCAUCAGCAAAUCUCAUUCAUCUCUAUGGCCUCGAAGAUGUCAUCCGCCGCGUCAGCAAAUUCGACCAGUACGGGAACAAGAACCCUAAUAAGUUGAGGAAGAGUUGGAAGGGGCAUAUUGUGGACAUACCAGGCAAGAACACGCCACCGCAGCAAAAGGAUUUCUUGCGUGGGUUGCUUGCGAGGCCGGAAGAGGGGUUGAGGUCGAUUAAGGGGGCGGAAAUGCCGGUUGGGUUUUUCGAGAGUAGGGUGAAACUGUUGCCUGGGCCUAUACCUGAGUUUGAUAGUGCGGCGUGGGGGAUGGAUGAUUUGGAUGGUGUUGAGGAUGGAAAUGCGAAUGGGAAUGUUAGUGAGGGGAGUGCUGCUGAGCGCCGUAAGAAGAAGAAGAAGCGAGACUACGACCCAGCCUACGAAGCAGACCGCAAAAGAAGAAAAGAGCAGCGCAGAAAGGAAAAAGAAUCGUCAGGUUCCCCGGGUCCGGGUGGGUACACCAUUUCGCAUUAUUAACCGUGAGUGCGGUUGCGUAUAGGCCGGAGCCCGAGCCAGCGCUUUAUACCCCUUCUCCGCGUGAGACGAAUAUACCCCAAGCCAUGUCUCCCUCCGAGCAAUCACGAACGAGCUCUGUGCCCGUUUUUGUGGGCAGUGGUGUUGUUACACCGAGUACGAGUAUGAUGCGGGGGAGGAGUAGUGGACAGGCUGUUAAUUAUGCGGAGGAUGAGACGGAGGUUGAGGGGAAGGAUGAGGAGGCU